GUGACCGAUUUAUCUCAUUCGGCUGUGAAGUUGCACGUAGUCGGACUGGACCAUCUCGGUUCAUCGUAAAGCGGCUGGAGCCAUAGAAACAAAAUGGUUCGUUCUUACGGUUUUACAAGUUUUAUAGCUUCGGCGAAUAAGUCAUGAAACUUUUAACGGUUUGUGGUAUAUCGACAGAGGCGAAGGUGACAAAAUUGUAAUGUUAAGCGAGGACUUGAGAAUAACAAAAAUUCUUAGAUAAUUAAUUGACAAAUUUACAAUCAACGACUGUAUAUAGUAUACAUAACAACGAUUAAAACUUGUGACAUUACCAUCAUUCCAUUAAUUAUUGUUCAACGUCUGCGUAUUCUAAUACUUACGUCAUUCUACGCUUCAAAGAAAUGCUCAUAUGUACAAAACACGACGUUCCGCUAUCAGUUCGAAUCGAGGAUCAAAGAUUACCUAUUUGCAAGUCACCCUAUAGGUGUGUAUGAGGGAGACCAAGGUAGUGGGGACUAUAGUGAAAUGUACCGACCAGAAGUUAAAUAGUUUGUUCGUGAUUCUGUCAGUGUCGAGCGGAACCGGUUUCACGAGUGCAGUAGGUUUUUUGAAAUUUUUACAAAAAUAUACAAUAAGACAGUGCAAGAAUAUUUUUCGUGUUCUCUCAGUGCCAAUGGAUUAAAGAAAGAGGAUAAAGCCGGGUAAAGAACAACAGGAUCAAAAGCGAAGACAGCCAUUCGAUAUUACACAGAUUACGAAUACGGAUGACAAUUGACACUGAGUGCCGGGGGAAAAAUUUUUGUUAAUUGAUAUCGGCAAUUUUUUUAUUUAUUAAUUAACGUUAUCCGAUAUCAUCUAAUUAACAAUGGCUAUCUUUAUACGAAGGAGCCAGCGACUGAAUAACACACUGAAAACUGGCAUCGAGUUGUUAAGGUCGUCGCUUAGAUGCGCGUCGACUGCAGUUGAACGUAAGAUCAAAAUUGUGGAUGGACCCAAUGGUGAAAAAAUUAUACCAGGUUCCCCUGGCAAUUUGCCGUUAUCGACUUCAACUUUAUCGGAAUACGUGUGGAAGGAUGUCGAAAAAUUCGCCAAUAAGAUAGCACUGGAAUGUGGAGAGACGGGCAGAAAGUACACGUACGCCCAAGCAAGGGACUCUUCGAAUUACGUAGCAAGAAGUUUGCGAAACAUCGGCCUGAAAGUUGGAGACGUAGUGGCAGUGAUACUGCCAAAUCUACCGGAAACUGCAGUUGCCUUUCUUGGAGCGUCCGAAGCUGGUCUUAUCGUGACGACAGUAAAUUUUCAAUAUACAGUAUACGAGAUAUCGAAGCAGCUGAUAGAUUGUAAUGCCAGAGCUGUGAUAACAGCUGCCGAGAUAGCGCCAACGGUUCUUGCAGCUAUAGGUAAUAGUAAUCUUGGAAAAAUCCCGGUGGUAGUAGUGGACGAUGGUGUCCAGCCUAUACCAACAGGUACCAUACCGUUUCAGGAUCUUAUAACCAAGGGCAAAUCCUUACCGUCGUUACCUGAGAGAACUUGGUCUGACGAAGAUGUGGCAGCUUUACCUUAUUCUAGUGGUACCACUGGUUUGCCAAAAGGGGUAAUGCUCACCCAUCGAAAUCUUGUUAGAAACAUAAUGAUGGUUCGUAAUACAGUACCAGAGGGAAUUUUUUGGAAUAAAGCGACAGAUUCUUUUCAAGAAGUCAUACCAAGCGUACUACCUUUAUUUCAUAUAUAUGGUAUGAAUGCAAUUAUGUGCACGAGGUUAUCAAUAGGCUCGAGAUUAGUCACCUUACCGAAGUUUACACCAGAAUUAUUUGCAUCUGUAUUAGCUAAAUAUAAAACUACCACAUUGUUAUGCGCACCUCCUAUUAUUUUGUUUCUUACCGCGUCACCUCUGAUAAAACCAAAUUACCUGGACCAUGUACAAUGCGUGAUAUCCGGCGCUGCGCCAUUGGGCAAAUCGGAUGUUGAUAGAUUUUACGAAAAAUUUCAAUCCCUUCGGUCAACAUUGCAUUUUGGUAAUGGUUAUGGACUAACGGAAACUUCACCAGUCGCUUUAUUUAAUUGGAGAGAAGACAAAUACGGCAGUAUAGGCGAAGUAUUGUGUGGCAGCUCUAUUCGUCUUGUCGAUCCAAUUACCAAUGUUGAUAUAUCAGAACCAGGAAAAUCGGGCGAAUUACUGAUAAAAGGACCGCACGUUAUGAAGGGUUAUUAUAAAAAUGAAGCAGCGACCAAGGAAACUAUUAUAGAGGGGGGUUGGCUUAAGACUGGCGAUAUUGCGUAUUUCGAUGAAGAUUUUGAUUUCUAUAUCAGCGACAGAUUGAAGGAGCUUAUCAAGGUCAAAGGUUUCCAGGUACCUCCGGCCGAAAUUGAAGAAUUACUUAGGACGCAUAAAGACAUCGAGGAAGCUGCUGUCAUCGGGAUUCCCGACUCAAGAUACGGUGAAGUUCCUAAGGCCUUCGUACUUCCAAAAUCGGGCCGAAAACCUUCCGAGGAGGAUAUAAAAAAUUUUGUAAAUACGAGAGUCGCCGAGUACAAGCAUUUACGGGGUGGCGUGACGCUGGUGGACAGUAUACCGAAGAAUCCAUCUGGAAAAAUUUUACGCAUAAAGUUGCGAGACAAAUACGUCAAUUAGAUUAUUAUUGUUUACCGUUAUUUUACGCUGUUUAAUGACCCGAUCACAUUCCGAAUUAAUUAACUUUAUCGGGAAUUAGAAUGGAAUUGGUUCUUAUUAACUGAGACUAUAUUGGGUGUUAUUUAAUUUUUAAUUUAUAAAUAGUAUCUUAGGGUGGUUCUUGUUAUUAUUGUUUCACGCGCAGUGUUUGACGGUGACUAAGAAAUUUUAUACAGACUUGUGUCAUUGUUAUUUAUUUUAUUUCAUCGCAUUUAAAAAAAUAAUAGUACAACUAUUUUCAAUAUAUUAAAUUUUUUAAAAUAAGAUAUACAAACAAUAUUCUUAAAAAUAUAUCUCGUAUCACUGUGGCCUUUGCUACGGAACUUUGAUUCUAAAAUUGUACGUAUUCGUUAGAUCUUUAUACUCCUUGUGAAUAAUUCGAGAUCAACGAACCGUCAAGAGAUAAAAAAAUUGAAACAACUUUUAGUCAGAUAAGAACGAUACUAUACAGUAAUGUUUGUUUAAUCGACAGAUUAGAAAGAAGCAUACUUGAAAAUAAUAUGAUUUGCUAUUACCUAGUCGAAAUCUAUAUAUUCCUUUUGGAAAACCACGUGUACCUAUUAGUGUAUAUGCAUAUGCAUUGCUGAACUAAUUUGUAUACAUUGUUGAUACAUAUAUAUUUUUUAUUUUUAAUAAAAUAUAGUUUUGUAUUAUAAA